UGGUGAUCGUCAGUUGUAAGAUGUAAUAGUCUUUUUGUCCAUUUUACGAGAAUUGGAGAAAAGGUUGAGCUUGAUUUUACUCUGUACUGUUUUUUAUAAACUGAGAAGUGCUUCAAAAUUAUAAGUCUAGUUUCCCCUUGAAUGACAACUGUAACUCUAUUGCUCCUGCCUUGCCAUGUGGGAAAUGUGUCUUGCAGUCGGAAAGGCGUGCAGUUCGCAGUUUGCGUCCGUGUAUCGACGUUUUGAUUCAGUUUUGUCUCAUUUUUCAUGGCGAGUCUAGCUUCCAAGGACGUCUAUUUUCAGAAAUUGGCCAGUAAAGUUUGUGUUUCCCAGAAACACACACCACGGGAAAGGCCCUUCGUUCCAUUUUGCAAUGGAGCUAAUGCAGGGCCAGCAAAGCAAGCGAAGCAGAAAAGCAAGCAAGACCGAACUAGAGGGAAAAUGUGCAACACUGAGACGGAAGCAAAGAUAAAACACAAGAGUACCACCCAGCCAAAAGAGACGGAAGCCUCUUCUGCAGAUCAGAAUGUAUCAAAAGAGAAUAUCAAUAGUAAAUCAGCUGUCAGAACAGAGGAGGUAGGUGAUUCCAGAGACUUUUCUGCCGUUGACAUUUUGCGUCAGAAGCUACAUGAGAAGAUUGAAAAGUGUCAUGGCCAUGAUGUCGGUAAGACUUCAUCCGAGGCUCGGGAGAAGAAGCAACAGCGACGCAAACAAGAAAGAGAACGUAAGAAGAGGAAAAGAAAAGAGUUCAGAAUGAAGAAACUAGCAGAGAAAAUGGGCAAGGAUGUAAAAAUAGAGGAUGAAGGAAGAUCUGAAAAUUCUAUCAUAGAAAUAUCUAGGGCUCCUGAAAAAGACUUAACCAGCCUAGUAUACAACAAGAUAGACGCAGGCAAAGAGUUCAUGAGUAAAGAACAAAUGAAGAAAGAAAAGAAGAAGAGUGUGAAGGGCAAUUUGACUCCUCUAACAGGCAAGAACUACAAGCAGCUUCUGAACCGUGUUGAGGCACGCAAAGCCAAACUGGAAGAGCUGAGAGGCAAGGAUGAGGCCAAGGCGAAAGAAAUGGAGGAGAAGAUGAAGUGGACCAACGUGCUGUACAAAGCAGAGGGCCUGAAGAUUAAGGACAAUGAGGACCUUCUGCGGGCUUCCCUGAAAAGGAAGGAGAAAAUGCGUACCCAGAGGAAGAAACGCUGGGAGCAGCGCAGCACGCAUGUUCUGGAGAAGAUGCAGCAUCGACAGGACAAGCGGCGCGACAACAUCCAGAAGAGAAAGCAUGCAAAGAUGGAGAGGCGCAAGGAAAAGGCCCGCAAAAAGGGUCGUGUGCUGCCAGGGGACUUGGAGGGCUGAAACUGUAAAGGACAAUGUGACACACUUUAUGUGGUCAAAAGCUGCUGCAGAGACGGCAACAUAAGAUGCUACUUUGUUACUAUCAUAAGGACUUUUAAAUAAUACUGUGCAUUUGAGGUUCAAAGUUUUCUGGUCCUGAUUGUUCACCCUGCCAGUGUGGUGUCACAAUUUUACAUUCUGUCAUUUACAGGCAAGAUCUUAUUUUAAUUGAAAAUUAUUGGUGCAAAAGGA